UUUGUAACAUAAAGUUACUAAAGUUAGGUUCCUUAUACUUUUACACAUUUAUAUUAACAUUAUUUUGAAUCAAUAUUUUCCAUACUGAAUUUAUUGCCUGUCCACUUCCUUCUAGUCAUUAGACAUUUCUUCCUUAUUCAUUUAUGUACCAACACACAUUCACAUAUAUAUAUGUAAGUGGGUGUGGGUUAAGUAAACCAGUCUGUGAGUCAGUCCAUCAUUAACUGCAAAAGUUGGAGGCUGUAUUUCCGUUUCCUUGCACUGGAAUAAAAGACAGCUUGUCAUUGGCUACAACACACAUUACAUACUACACAACCAACUCCAUAGAACUACAUAACACUGUCACAUACCAAACUACUCAGAACUUCUGCUACUGAUAUAACUUUGUUACCAAAACCCUGAAACAGCACAGCAACAACUAUAUAAAUAACUGAUACCUGUUGGUGAUAACAGAAGAAAAUAUUCCAGAAGUCAUUAUUUCAUAGGUUUCAAUAACAUUAUACAUAUAUUUCCUUGUAACAGAAUUGUAGACUGUAACCAUGUUAUACAUACUUUGGUUGGUGUUGUUAAUGGUUAACAAUUGUUGGUGUGUGGAUCAUACCUACCAUGUGAAAGAGAACAAUGAUAUACACAGCUUUAUUGGAGAUAUUGUCACUGAUACACACUUAUUGGAUACUGUACCAUCUCUUGACGAUAACAGCAAACUGAUGUUUAAUGUUGUUCAGGGAAGUAGUGAUGAAACAGCUCAGUUAUUUAAUGUUACACAGGGAGGACAACUGUACACUGCUGCCAUAUUGGAUGCAGAAAUUCUGUGUCAAUAUAAUGUGGAAUGUUUCAGAAUAUUGGAAAUAACUGUUCAACAUGGCUAUUCUGUUAUUAAGAUAUUAAAACUCAAAGUUAUAAUAGAAGAUGUUAAUGAUAAUUCCCCCAAAUUUCCAAAAAAGGAAUUUCAUUUAAAAUUUGAUGAAAAUGAUCUAAUAGGAACCAAGCAAAUAAUUCCAAAUGCCAUUGAUAAUGAUGUCAGUAUUCAGAAUUCCAGAAUCACAUAUGAGAUUGAAAAUUUAAAUACUCCUUUUAAAUUGAUUGUUUCUAAAAAAUUGGAUGGAUCUGAUUUAUUGCAACUCAAUCUAGAAAAUAUCUUAGAUCGUGAGACAAAAAGCAUUUAUGAAAUUCAGCUAAAUGCCAGAGAUAAUGGAUCACCACAGAAAAAAGGUGUACUUCAUAUAAAAAUAAUUAUUAAAGAUAUUAAUGAUAAUUUCCCUGUGUUCUCCCAAAAUACUUAUAAUGUCACUGUAAAUGACACACACCAGUUAAACAAACCUAUUGCAAAGCUGUUGGCUACAGAUUUAGAUGAAGGAGAAAAUGGAUUAAUAUCUUACGUCUUCAAUAGCAAAACAUCAACAUAUGCCAUGAAGUGUUUCAGAUUAGAUGAAGUAACUGGAUAUUUGUUUCUAAAGAAAGAAUUUCAAUUUGGAAGGAUAUAUAAAUUGCUUGUUGAAGCUAGAGAUAAUGGUAAAAUACCUAUGUUUUCAACAGCCAUUGUCCUUAUAAAUGGUGUCACUCAUUUGAAUAAUCCACCAAACAUUGACUUCAAAUUUUUUGUUAAGUCAACUGGAAAAAAAGCUGUCAUCUCUGAAGGAACACAAAUUCAGAGUUUUGUUGCUUAUGUCAAUGUUAUUGACAAUGACAAUGGAGAAAAUGGACAAGUGAAGUGUCAUUUACAAAAUAGAUAUCUUCAGCUAAUCUCAGAGUCUGAAAAGAAAUACAAAGUUGUUGUCAAGAGUAAAAUAGACAGAGAAAGAGAAAAGAGCUUUAAUUUCACCAUUAAAUGUCAAGAUAAGGGUUUACCUCCAUUGAAAGUAGAGAAACAGUUUUCAAUGCUGGUUACUGACAUAAAUGAUGUACAACCUCAGUUUAGUCAGGACAUAUUUAAGUUUCUCACCUAUGAAAAUGAACACAAAGACUUCCCUGUUGGAUAUGUCAAUGCCACAGACCCAGAUAUUGGAGAUGGAGGACAAUUAACCUAUUCUCUAUUAUCUAAUGGAAAAGAUAUUCUACCAUUUCAGAUAUCUGAUGUGGGAUUCAUUUCCACAACUGAGUCCCUAGACAGAGAAGAAAAGAACUUGUAUGAGUUUAAGGUUUUAGUAAAAGAUAAAGGAACACCAUCACUGGAGAAGAGAGCAAAUGUUGUUGUUGAGGUUAUGGAUUUAAAUGAUAAUGCUCCCUAUUUCAGUUUCCCUAAUGUUGACCCUUUCAGUCUUAAUGUCCACUACCAUCCCCACUCUGACCAUGAUAUCACAGUUGUUAGGGCCUCUGACAGAGACAGUCAACACAAUGCCUUCCUCACAUAUGAAAUACUCAGAGGUAAUGAGAAACACUUAUUUCAAAUGAACCAUCACUCUGGUGUCUUAUCUUUCUCUCGCUCACUUUACCAAAAUGAUGCUGGAUUCUAUGAACUGGAAUUAGGUGUGAAAGACAGUGGCAGUCCAGUUCUGUCAUCGACAACAACUUUGUCUUUGACUCUCACAGUUAGUAAGAACACAUCAAAGAUAUUUAAGACCCCUUCAAAGACAACAACAGAAUCAAGUAAUGGUCUCCAAUUGAAUGUGAUGAUUGUUAUUGUUAUAGCAGCUGUGAUCGUAUCAGUUGUCAUAGUGAUCUCUAUAUCGAUCUGUAUAGUUCAUAGACUGAAUCAGACAGACAACAACUAUAACAACAGUGUUGAUAUGUACCACAAGGUUACACCUGCAUUAAACACGCAAUCGAAAUAUAUAUUUGAUCCUACCUGUGUUCCUCCUGGAGUUCAGUACACAAUGUCGAGAAAACUGAAGCCAUCUCAAGACUCAAAGGUUUAUAGGGAAGAUACUUACUGCAGAACCUUGCCAUGUGAUAAGUGGAACGAUUUUACUUUGAACAGACAUGAACAGAUUUUUAUUCCCAGAGAGGAAAGUAUGUCUCCAGGUUACAGAGAACUGAACAAUCCUGACCAAUUCAGUGAGAUGUCAACAUUGUCAUCUCACACUGAUAGUGGUCAUGGCUGGAGUGUUGGUAGUGCUGGACAUUAUGAGGAACUGCCAGAUCUGUGUCGUUACCAAAGUGACCAGACAUGGAAUAGAAGAAAUCAACUUCAAAACACACUCAACAGAUCAAGGGGAGAUAACAAAUAUGGAUAUCACCAUCACCCUAAUGUCGAUAAUAACACUUCCUGUUCGAUUGACCAAACACCUUUGACUAUUACUGGGACCACAUCUAACAUAACUGGACAACAUUCUACAGUACCAGUGAAAAGUCAGUUUACUUCAGACUGUAAACCAUCUCUGCCAGCUGUACCCAAAAUAACAACACUACCAAAGGUACCUUCAUCACCCCAGGUACCUCCACUCCCUCCUCUGUCUGCAACAGACGUCUAAUAGCAUCAUUUCAAGAACAUAACAAAGCAUUAUUUUCUCAAGACAGGCAAUACAUUUCCAGUAAGGAAUACAUUAAAAGAAAAUAUUAAUAACAAAACAAUAUUUCAUUUCAUAGUAGAACACGCAUCAAUAAUGUUUCAUUCAUUAGUUUCUGUUAGUUUUCAGAUUCUGUUUUUAGAUUUUAAUUUACAGUAAAUCAACCGAAUUAUUUGGUU